AUGAGCUCCCUAUGGGCAACAGCUACUGCCCGCCAGCUCUGGAACUUUACGUCAUACGUUGAUAUCGAGAAUACCCAUCUCCGACCGAACGGCCAAGUGCUCAUGACGACAUUUACAAACGCUUCGCUCUAUACUCUCGAUCCUACGUCUUCAAGCCCGACUGCUGAGCUCGUUGCAUCAUUUGCACCAUCGACCGCGUUGACGGGCAUGGCCACCGUGGGCAAGGACAAGUUUGCAGUGAUUGGGGGCGUCAGGGGAAGCUACAUGUACACCAACGAGACCGUCUACACGUGCGACUUCAGUGCCGGGUCUGAGCCUGCAAUCGAGGUUGUUGCCACUCUGCCAGAUGCGGUGAUGCUGAACGGCAUGGACUCUCUGCCCCAGAAUCCUACUGUUGUAUUGAUAGCGGAUUCGAGGGUCGGUGCUGUGUGGAGGGUCAACACGACGGAUGGAAACGUCACCAUCGCCUACCAAGGAGACCUGCUUCUCCCGCCUGAAAAUGCGACUGUCCCCAUCGGUAUCAAUGGAUUGAAAAUCUCAAGUGGAUAUGUCUACUUCACGAACACUGCGAAGAACCUCUUUGCCCGCAUUGCUGUCACUGAUGAUGGCGUCAUGGACGGCGAAGUAGAGACGGUGGCGAUCCUGGCCCCAGGGGAGGAGGACUACGAUUGGGAUGACUUCGUCAUGGACGCGUCCGGCGAAAUUGCAUACAUGGCACAGAGUCCGAAUGCCGUUGGAAAAGUCAUCAUCGGCACAGGGGAAAUGGAUGUUGUCGUUGGAGAUGGAAACGAUACAUCCUUGAUUGGGCCUACCAGUGUGACGCUGGCGGAAGAUGGUGUCACGGCUUACGUGAGCACGAGAGCAGCUGCUGUUGAUAUCGCAGGCCACCGGAAUCACUGA